GGCGCUCUGGUUCUCAAUCGGCCUUGCCGGCUCUCUUGCCAGGGGAGGCUGUUGCUAGGAGACCGAAAGGACUCGGCCUGGAGCCACGAGGAGCAAACAGAGAGGUACGGCGGAAGCGGCGAGGAGGGGCAGGGAGAGACGCAGGGCGGGAGCUUGCGGGGGACCCGGUUUAAGAAAGGUGCCACCAUGCCGAAGAAGGGACGUAAACGGGCAGCACUGACUGAGGAGGAGCGAUUGCUCAUGAUGCAACAGAAGCUUCUGGCUGAGCAGGAAAUGCAUAAGAAGAAGGAGGACAUGCUAGCCCAGUUCCUAAAGGACAAAUUGGCCAAAGAGGAGCGCAAUAGCACUUUGAACAUCCACAAGAUCAACCUGCAGUGGCGCACGGUGCUCCGCGAAGUCAAGGCCAGGGAACUGCGCAAGGACAUUGAGAUUCUCAGCCAGACCUUUGAGCGUGUGGUGGACUGCAAGGACAGUGUCAUUAAGUCCCUGGCCAAGGACCUUGCUGAAGCUGAGGAGCAAUACGCACAUGCCCUGCGCAGCCACUUGCACAACAUUGAUAAGCUGCUGCAGCUCCAGCACUGCCGCCUGGGCUACUUGGAGGAGGAUUACCACACGGAGCUAGAGGCACUGCAGAAGGAGUUUGAAACAGAGAGGAAGAUAAUCAUAAGACACCACGAGGAGGAGAACUGCUAUCUCCAAGAUGUGUUGCUGGCUAUGGAGCAAAACUUUAGUGACAAUGAAUAUGAGGCCAGGCUUGACUUCCAGAGUACAAGAGAUGAUGUCAAGAACAAGAACCUGGAGGAGAAGCAUUACUUACGCAUGCAGUUAGAGGGUAAAGUGGAGGAGCUGUGGAAGCGCUUCCAACAAGCCCUGCGGAACUAUACAGAGGCAACAGAGGACCGCAAGAUUGCCUUUGAAGGCCUCAAGCUCAGGGAUGAGAAGAGCACCAAGGAGAUUGAGAUGCAGAUGAAGAAAUUGCAGAAGAUGCAGGACCUCAUUCUUGUGCUGAAGAACAAGAUUGCAAUUCAUGCACGGGAGAGUGAAGAGCAAAACCGGCGUAUCCGUGAGGAGAAGGAGGUGGUUUUGAAGCAGCUGCAGAAGCUCAAGUGGCAGAUGAACCAGGCAAGGGCUAAGGCCCGUAGCAAUCUGGCUAAGCUGUCCCAGGAGAGUUGUGGUACUCUCAAAGCACUGGAACGUGUGGUGCAGAAGGCAGAGCUGAUCCUGCGACUGGCUGAGAUGUGUCGCAAGCUGGAGUCUGAGGAGGAGAAGGUGCUGCCGUUUUAUGCUAGCUCCUUGAGCUGGGAAGAACAGAAAGUUGUGGAUACGUUGGCCAUGGAGAAACCGACUGAGCAACUAGCUCAGAUGAUGCAGGACUACGUGGGACUGGAGCGCUUCUGGCAAAGAUACAACAAGGUGAGAUUAGAACAUCUCUCACUGGAGCGGACAAAGGCAGCAUUGCUCCAGGACAAUUUCAAGCUGAGGCACCUGCUCAAACAAUACCUGGAUGGCAUCUCAGUGAACGAUGAAGUCCUGAGCCAGAUCAAUCCACUGAUGAUCAUCAAUCAGCAUUCCACUGUCCCAUCUCUGCCUCACCCUGUGCCUGUCAAAGAGGCCCGGGUCAAGCGGCCUAUCUAUAAUGUGGUGGAAGCAGCACAUGAGGUCUCACAUAUUCUCUGAGCAACCAACUUGUAAUUCCAGGGAGCUCUCCUCUCUCUCAUUAAUAGGGCACUGGCCAUAAAGAAGAGCUGAGCAAACCCAACCAGUGUUGGUGCCUCCUUUGGAGAGCUAUUCCCACAGCAAGCUGUCAUUAAAGAGUUAAAUAUAACUGAA